AUGAGCGAACCGCACAAAGCAACGCUCUACACUUUCUCGGGCUCCGUCUGGGCCUCCUCGCCUCGUCUGACGCUUAUCGAAAAAGGGUAUUCCUGCACGGAUCUUGACGUGAAAACAGUCGAUCUGAUGCGCGGUGAAAACUUCUCCCCCUCCUAUCUGCGCAUCAACUCCAAGGGAACGGUCCCCACACUCGUCGUUCCUCUGCUCGAAACAACGUCGGCUGAAGUCGACACUAAAUUCCGGGCUAUCAAUGAUACUAAAGCGAUUUUGGAGUUUCUGGAUAGAUCGCGUUGCUCGAAUACCGUGGUAGGGGCGAAUGGAGCUCCCGCACCUAUUUUAGCUCCAGCAACGAUCCAAGGCAAGGAAGAUAGUGAUGAUAUUAUCAAUAUCGUUCAUCAAGAGUCUGUAGAUCCGAAUUUUCUCCUCCUGGGAUUAAGGAGUCUCACCGAAUUGGCUGGCAAGAGGCAAGCUUUGCCAGGCGUGUUCGUGAAAAAUAGAUACCAGGCCUUGCAGGAACAGCUCAAGGCAAUUAGCCAAGAAUGUGGCACAGCAUUCGAUGCAAAUGCCAAUCCUAAAUCAAAUGCCCUCAAGGAAAAUCUAAAACAAUGGUACACUGAUAAGCUUCAAUCCCAAUCGCUCCUCACCAAAGCUUAUGUCGAUGCGGACAAUGAAGCAGUGGAAGAGUUGAUUAAACUGACGAAUACAAGCUGGAAGAAUGUAGUCGAGACGUUGGUCAAGUUGGAAAGGAAAAUACAAGGUCCCUUUGCAUUGGGAGACCAGAUCAGUCUGGCAGACCUGCAUUUGGUGCCUUGGAUAGCAAGGAUCAGUGCUGUAGCAGGUGGAAAGACGGCCGAGGACGCGUUGGUUGCCUUGGAUGCACUCCUGGCCCAGUAUGGUGGCAAGGUAGGCCAAAAGGUCACGGUCCUGUGGAACGAGUUUAGCCAGAGACCUAGUUUCAGCGACGUUUAUGGCCAAGGCUUGCACUAG